CUAAAAUGAACGGGCCAGUUAAAGGUGUCCAAUCAGGCUCGUUCUUUGUAAUAGGUUAUUUAUUUGACUCUUUGCCCUAGCCUCCUUCAGCUCUGUUUCUGUACAAGCGAAACCCUAGCCACUCUCUGCUCAACUCGCCAAUGGGGGCUUAUAAGUACGUGUCGGAGCUAUGGAGGAAGAAGCAGUCGGAUGUGAUGAGGUUUUUACAGAGGGUGAGGUGCUGGGAAUACCGCCAGCAUCCAUCAAUUGUUAGGGUCAACCAUCCUACUCGCCCUGACAAGGCACGCCGCUUGGGUUAUAAGGCCAAACAAGGUUAUGUGGUUUACCGUGUCCGUGUUAGGAGGGGUGGUCGCAAGAGGCCUGUUCCCAAGGGUAUCGUGUAUGGUAAGCCCACAAACCAGGGUGUCACCCAAUUGAAGUUCCAGCGCAGCAAACGGUCUGUUGCUGAGGAGCGUGCUGGCCGAAAGUUGGGAGGUCUCAGAGUUGUUAACUCGUACUGGAUCAAUGAGGAUUCUACUUACAAGUACUUUGAGGUUAUCCUGGUGGAUGUUGCACACAAUGCUAUCCGCAAUGACCCAAGAAUUAACUGGAUCUGCAAUCCGGUUCACAAGCACAGGGAACUUCGAGGACUUACAUCUGCUGGUAAGAAAAACAGGGGUCUCCAUGGAAAGGGUCAUUUGCACCACAAGAACCGUCCUUCUCGCAGGGCAACCUGGAAGAGAAACAACACUCUCUCCCUUCGCCGCUACCGCUGAGUUACUGUGUUCAACUUUUUAUCCUUGUUGAUUUUAGAAGUCAUCGUUUUGAGUUUGAAAUUUUUGGAAGUUUUAAAAAACCUGACUCUUUGAAUUUACAUGCAAUUUAUUUUCGUUUUGGAUGCUAUGAAUUUCUGAAGUUAUUGCUACGUGCUUUUCAGAAUAA